GGCGGUGCUGAUCGUGGUUGUGGUCGCAACAAGGGGGGGUACACUCGACGCCAGCAUGCGGGCGCGAUGGGAGCAACUGCGGCGUGAUCGAAGAUGGCUGGUCCUGGACGGAGGGAUGGGGACGGUGCUUGGGGAGGAGAUGGUGCUAGAUGGGGUUCUAUGGGGGACCGAGGCUCUUGCCAAUGCCGAUGGCCUUGCUCGCACUGCUCGGGUCCACGCAGCGUACGCUGCCGCUGGCGCCCACGUCCUCACCACCAACACAUACCAGGCCACAAGAGCUGGCUAUGCCCAGGUCUUGGCGGCCACCGCAUGUGAGGCCGACGAGUUUAUGCGCGCUGGCUUUGCCCUCGCCGCCGAGGCCGCUGCUGACCGCGCUGCCGUCGCCAUCUCACUCGGCUCGUACGCCGCAUACCUUGCCGACGGCUCCGAGUACACAGGCGUGUUCGACGCCGGCGACGCCGAGCUCGAAGCCUUCCAUGCCGAGCGGUUGGCGGCCUUUGCCCCACUUGCCGAUGCCGAUCUGUUUGCCUUUGAGACGCUGCCGUCGGCCCGGGAGAUCGCAGUCGUCCUCGACGUCGUCGCCGCGGCUGCCGAGGCCGGGAGCGUCUCCGGCGCGUGGCUCUCGUUCUCGGCGAGGAUCGAGAGCAGCGGACGCUCGGUGCUGGCUGAUGGCACGCCGCUCUGCGAAGUUGCGAGCAUGGUGGCCGAUUCACAGGCAGCGCAGGCCGGCGCUGUCGUCGCCAUCGCCGUCAACUGCUGCCGGCCACGUGAUGUGGCGGCCCAUCUCGCUGCGCUGGCCUCCGGCGCGCCGGGCCUUGGUCUGGCGGCCUACCCGAACGCGGGCGCCUCGUACGAUGCCGAGAUCAAGGACUGGACCCCGAUCGACUGCCAAGCGUCGGCAGCGAUGGUCAUUGAGGCUCUACCAGAGUGGGAGGCAGCCGCGGGCCACGCUCUGGUCAUGGUAGGGGGAUGCUGUCAGCUCGGCCCCGAAUAUGUGGCCGCGCUGGCGUCCGCAGUGUGAGAGUCAAAACCAAGUGUGGAAACAGACAUCGUUGGCGCAGAAAUGCGUCAUAUUUGAAACUCAAACAAAAACAGAGAUGAUUCGCCUUUCGCCCAGCACAUGGUUGCGAUUUACGCGAGACUACCUCAACAACUUUUUU